UGCAGCCCGUUAUCGUGUAGUCUAAUGUUCCGUUAGCGGUCUUUUCGUGUUUCACAUGUCGAAACGGGCUUCGGCGCACCAAAUUUGCCGACUGGCGUGAUGAGAGAUAUGAACUGCGCAGUUGGAAGGUUUCGCGGCACACCCCUCUCUAGCCAAAUAGUUCAAGCAAAUAAAUAAAUAGCAGUCAACGAUCUGCGUUACUGGCUACGCGAUAUUGUUUUGGAUAUAUACGUGAUAUUCUGAGUCGGUGCUCAUUAAGCAUUAUGCAUUUUACGUCUUUUUGGUAGAUGCCUGAGGCGCAGUUUCUCAUAUGGACGAAGAUGGACGACAUAGACCUGGAAGAUGACAUUCGAAACGUGGUGACCCAAGAAGCCGCCAUCAUUGUGGACGUUUUGUGCCUCCAGAGGGACAAUGUACUGGGGCGCAUCUAUGGCUUGGUGGAACGCAACACACGAGAACGACUGGAGCACCUGCCCAACCGCAGGGACUCUGUCUUGGGCAUCUUGGAUUACUUCAAGACCUCAGAACGUAACCGAUGUUUGCACUUUCUGAAAACCAUGUGGAUGUUUUGUGAGAACAUUCCCCUGGAGCUGGAGAUAAAGGUGUUGUCCAUUGCCGGAUGGUCCUUUGACACAGGGAUGACCACCAUUCACUUUGCAGACAGUGAAGAACUUCCUCCGUCUCCUAGUGCAAAGCGUGCAUGCCUAGACCAUGUGCAGAUCUACACCAGCUACAUGAGGUCUUUCCUGCAGCAGAAGUUUGAAAGAGUGACAAAGGACAUGGCAAAGAAGGUUUGCCUGGACACAAUGUACCUGAGCCUGAGGCAGCGUGGUGCUGCUCGGCCCAGAGCCCAGGAAGGGCAGGAGCCCGGCCCGGAUCAGAGGGAGUCUGCCGAGUGGCUCCUGAGCACCACUGGCAGGGUGGUGGUGGUACUGGGUCUGGCUGGUUCUGGAAAGACCCUGCUGAUGCACUGCCUUAGCCACCGCUGGGCCGAGGGCUUGUACCCGGACAUCCAGCUCCUCUUCCUGCUGGAGUUCCGUCAGCUCAAUCUGGUGUCUCAGCCCCUGUCCCUGAAAGAGCUACUGUUUCAGUUCUUCCUUCCACCUGAGGGAGGCGAGGAACAAAGCGAGGCAGUGUUCAGCUAUAUCCUCGACAACCCACAGAAGGUCUGUUUCAUAUUUGAUGGUUAUGAUGAACUGGGGGCAAAGUUUACAGAUCCGAUGACGCUCGGCAGUACCUUAGACCCCUGCCAGAGGCUCCCGAUGGCUGAUCUGCUGUCUGGACUCUGCAGCUACAAGAUCCUGCCCGGGUGCACGGUGCUGAUCACGUGCCGUCCGCGGGACGUGAGCGACCUGUUUGGGAGCUCGAGCUGUUUUGUCGCGGAGCUGCUGGGCUUCAGUCAGCAGCAGGUGAGGGAAUACACUGAAGAGUUCUUCCAAGAAAAGGGAGACGCACUCAAGGAAAAGGCGCUUAGUCGGAUGAUGGGCAGCCGUCAUCUCCUCUCCAUGUCCCACGUUCCGGCACUCUGCCAUGUCUGCUGUGUUUGUUUAGAUCACUUGCUGUCAGGUGAAGUAUCUCAGCCUGCUGCUCAGCUGCCCAGCUCUCUGACCCAGAUCUACCUCCACAUCUUGUCUGCCUUUCUGAGUCACUGCGAGGGCAGCGGAAGUUCACUCGCUGCUACCUACUUGCUCCAAAAGUACAGGACUCAGAUCGCUGAGCUUUGCAAACUCGCGAUGGACGGUUUGGAGACGAGCCGCAUAGUGUUCCAGGCGCAGGACCUGUCCCCGCAGUUAAUGAACUUUGGAGCCAAUGCCAGAAUUCUGUCCCGGGUGGACCUCACGUGUCCAGAUGGAUCUCGGAGUCUGGGCUGUGCCUUCAUGCACCUCACCAUGCAAGAGUUCCUUGCCGCUUUGCAUCUUAUGACAAGUCCGGACGUCUCGGAGUUGAAGCUCAAGAAGAAGCUUAACCUGAAAAGUCGUUGGAUCGCAAAGUCUGAUCCCAGAACUGUGUUCACCGACUCCCUCCACCUGUAUAUGUGCGGACUUGCGGCCGAAGCCUGUACUUCAAGUCUCGUCGUGCUGGAAGGAGGUGAGGAGGUUCGUGGCGUGGUGCAGAGGCGCCAGGCCGCAGUGCGCAGGAUCUUGCUCGGGUUUGUGGGCAGCGCCAGCCAGACAGGGCCCAAGAUAGUCGAGCUGUGCCGCUGUGCGCAUGAGACCCAAGAUGUCAACCUGGCCGCGGCCAUCGGCUCCAGGGCCCGCUUUGAGCUGCGAAACAUCAGACUCAACCCUGUGGACAUGGAUGCCCUGGCAUUCGUGACCUCGGCUGCCAGUCAGAUGGUGUGUCUGGACUUUGGCGGCUGUUCUAUUGAACUGGAGUGUCUGAACAUCAUUCCCAACAUCAAGAACCUGGAACAUCUCAUCUUUCGAAGCCGAAAGUACGACGACAACUUUGCGGAAGCUUUAUCCAGCAUCCUGCCCAGACUGGAGUCACUGAAGCAGUUAGAUUUUAUCAGUGGAGGUCUCACCGAUGCUGGAGCUGCUAAGCUUGUCACGGCUCUGGAGAGCUGUCUACAAAUCACACACCUCAAUGUCAGUGAUAACUCCUUAUCAGAUGAAAGUAUAAGAAAGAUCACAUAUUUGUUCCCCAAACUGACUAACAUCACCUCAGUCAUGUUGGGGAAGAACAACAUUUCCAGAGACGGAAUCUUUAUACUGGUUGAAAAGAUGGCGACCUUUCUAAACAUUAAGAAAGUCCAUGUCAUCGGAAGAAAGGAAAUCAAUGUUUUCUUCUCCCCAAAUUCACAUACACCGGGCAGUGUGGGCAUGGACAAGUCCGAAGACAUUGACACUGCUAAGGAACUAAUCUUAAACGAAUGCAGUCUCAGGCUGGCACAUCUGACCAGUCUAUGCAGUAAACUGAAGAAUUGUGCGUCCCUGAAGCUGCUCAAUUUGUCGAGCAACAGUUUGGAAAGCAGAGGCCUGCGAAAAAUGCUUGGACUUCUGCCCAAGCUUGGGACCAUUCAGGAAAUCAACUUCAGUGAGAACGAAGUGGACAUGGAAGGCAUUGUCUUUCUCUCCACUUUUCUCCAAACACAGAAGGACAUCCGAGAAGUACAUGCUAGCCACAAUGGAAAGAGGAAGUUAAUCUUAAAGUUUAACAUCUGCAAGAGAGAUGCAUUCGAUCCAUUAACCUCCGAUGGCUCAGAUUUACACCUGCACAAGAAAUUCAGUCUGACCCAGAGUGAGGUCCAGCCUGCCAUAAUGAAAAGACUCUGCAGGAAUCUGGUCAAGUGCACCAAUCUGAGAGAACUGGAUCUCUCCCAUGGCACCAUGAAAUAUGAGUCUAUUGAAAAGCUCCUUGACUCCCUCCCACACAUGACAUCUCUCCACAUGCUAAAUUUGAGUCAUAUCCAGAUGUCCAAGGACAUUGCUUUGCUGUUCAUGCGGUCCCUUGCUAAAUGCCAGCGAAUCACUGCUGUGAAUCUCAGGCCAUGUGGGGACGCGUUCAUUAUGUUUCUGCAAGCCAAGGCUCAGGCAGCAACUUGCAAACUCACACAGUAUGAGCUGAACAGGUUCGAUGUGGUGAAACUCUCUGAGAUACUGGAAGACUGUCAACACCUUGCUGAUCUGGAUUUGUCUAGUAACUCCCUUAGAGAUGAGGGUGUGAAGAGUCUAGUUGAUUCCCUGCCCAAACUUCAGAUCUCCCGCUCAGUUUGCCUAAAUGAUAACAGACUUAGCCAGGCAGGUGUGGUCUACCUGGCCAACUCGCUGAGCACCUGUGAUAAGGUGGCCGUUGUGGAAGUGAGUCUUGGAGCGGAGGAGCGAUCUUGGAUUCACUUGGCGCAGGAAAACGAUGCAGGGAAGACUCUCAGUUUGACGGCGUGCUCUUUUGAUGCCAGCCAUUUGCAGCAGCUCUUGGAAAUACUCAGCAGUUGCCCUAGAGAGCUCAAAUUAGAGUUAUCCUCCACCACCCUGGACAGCCAAAGCCGGCAGUAUCUACUGAGCAACUUAGCCCAGGUGUCCACAGUACAAACUCUCGAGCUGAGCAACAAUGGUUUGAAUGCUGAAGAAAUUACGCAUUUGGUUAAGCAGCUGAGAGGUGACUACAGAACCAUCAGGAUUGAGGAACCAUGGAUAAAAAAGGAAGCUGCUGUUAGCCUUGUGGCUAGCUGCUUGGACCUGAACCCACGCACAGGAGAGAUCAGGGUUGAAAAGACAUGUUUUCACCUUUCUUUUGAAAGCCACCCACACUCUGAAGUUUCCUUUGAAAACAACUGUUUAUCUGAGGUGCACUCUUUAAGCCUCGUGGACUGCGAUGUGGAAGGAAGGCAUCUGUCAUUACUUCAGGCGCCCAUCCAACGAACAUCCUCUCUGCUGACGUUACAGUUCACGCGGCUGACGGUGGGCCGCGAGGGGGCGGAGUUUCUUGCCUCCAUUCUGCCCUCCCUCACGAGCUUGAGAAGCCUCAGCCUCAACUCCAAAGGAGAAACAUUGAGUAAAGGAGUAAUAUGUGCAUUACGGCGCACACAAAGGCAGUUGCAGAGUCUGAGCCUGUCCCAUCACGUGAUCAGCGACGACGCCGCCACCGCCCUGGGUGGAGUGCUCGAGGGCCUGACGCGUGUGAGGUCGCUGAAUCUCUCCUACUGCUCCGGGUGGACGUCAGCAGGAGGCCGUGUCCUGGUCCGGGGGCUGGUUCAGUGUCUCUCUCUGGAGGAAAUCUGGCUGGACUCCAUACAGCUGGAUGAAGAGAGCACAGUAUGCCUGGCCCAAGGACUCCAGAACAUGACAUCCAUUAAGAAGAUCAGCAUAAGUAAGAUGGUAUUGGGCUCGAAGGGCAGCAGUGAGGUUCUGUCUGUGCUGGCCUGCCUGCAUUCCUGCACUGGCCUGCAGGAAAUCGAUUUGCAGGGAUUAAGAAUAGAUGACCAGGGCAUCGAGGAGCUUGUGAAAUGCAUCCCAAAGUGGACCAAACUCAGUAAGAUAAAUCUGUCUGAAAACUGUGUCCGUGACCAAGCUGGAGAGAAACUGGUGGAGGCGCUGUCCCACUGCAGAGAACUGCAGCAGCUGCGUCUCUCCAGAAACAAACUUGGCACCAGUUCUGCUGCUAGACUGGGUCGUGUUCUCCCAUCCUUGCGCCACCUCACUGAACUGGAUCUGUCUGAGAACAAGGUGUGUUCUGAAGGAUCCUUAAGUCUUAGUCAGGGUCUGGUCAGCAUGAAGACCCUGAAGAUACUCCGCCUCACCUCUGUUGGAACCUCAGACUUGGGUCCCGUGGCUGCAUGUCUUCAGCACUGCACCUCCAUAGAGGACAUCAGUUUGGCAUGGAACGAAUGUGGUAACGAGGUGGUGCAGAAGUUGGUGGAGGUUCUCCCACAGUGCAUUAAUCUCAGAAGACUGGACCUAGAGGCUAAUAAUAUCAACACCAGCGGAGCAAAGACCCUAGCUACAUGCCUGCUCUCCUGUCCUUGGAUUGAAGUGAUCAGACUUUGGAGGAAUCCUAUUGUGAAAGACGACCAUAUUUUAAGGGACCGCAGACUGAAUUUCUCAUCGACCUAAUCUGAUUCAUACACCGUGUUUAUGUCAUUAUGAUCAUUUAUUCAUAGAUUAGUUUCAUUAGAUUUUUGUUCACUGAAGUGAGUAUCUUGUUUAUGAUUAUUUGGAGAACACAUUACCUCAUUCAAAGACCCACAACAGCAAACAUCCAGUUUAUCUACUUAUCCAGGAAUCAGAGGUUUAGGGAAGAAUGCCCAGUUUGCCAAUCUCAGUAGAACACAGCCUACGGUAGACGUUUGUUAAUCUCAGUAGAACACUUUCAGGCAGUGAAGACUACGUUUACUGAACUUUCCUUGUCUGUCAUUGUAGAGAACCCAAUUAAAUGGAAACACAGUUAAGAUAAUGCACUGUUGAUACGAUGUACCUUACGCUGGUGCAUCUUCGAGACUAACAGUCUGAUUUUUAGCACUAGGUUUUUAUUUAUUUUAAGAAGUGUCUGGGCUGACUGGCUGUGGGGUGAUCAGAUUUAGCACACUGAUGAAGGCAGCUAUCAAUGGCAGUGCAUUAAGUCUGUCUCCUGAGGGUAUUCUUCUCUACACCUGUCCUGGACCUCUGCUUGUUGUGUUCUCCUGGAAUUACACUUAUUUAUUCCCAUACGACCAUCAAGUGAACAGCAGAUGGGUUCAUGCUUGCACUUCUGCAUGGAAUGACUAACAGCUACACGGCUGGAGUUGCUUGACCAUGCUACCAUAUGCUACCAGGAGAAUAAUAACUCCUGUGCUUCAUUAAUGAGCAGAAAUGCUUGAUUUGUUUUGAAAUGCAUUGUAAUGUAACACCCAUUAUGUGUCAUUUAGUGAGAUAUAAGUAUGUGCACUAUAACAGGGAAAACUCAUUUGGGAGUCUUGAGGUAUUAACUUGUAAAAAUAGAAAUAACUACAUGAUGAAAUUGUUUAUGGUUGGUUUAAAGAAUCUGAAAACACCCUCUGUUUAUGAAAAUGCAUUGUAUUGAUGGGGUUAAUUAACAGUUUAGACUAUCAUAACAUAAGAAUAUACCCCAAAUAUGUAUUUAUGCUUUUUCAGAGUUUUGUGGUUUUGUAUGAAUACUACAAGUUGACUGUUUGCACCUUCAUUUGUCCUUUGAGUUAAUAAAACCCUGAGAGUGUGUUCCCCCUGUUA